UGGUAUUUUUGGCUUGUUAAUUUCACAGUUAACUAGUUUUACUCCAGUCCUCCGGAUUGGUUGAUGCGCGCGUGCUCUGGAAGCGUCGCGUCGUCACCGCGCGUUCGUUCAGCGGCGCGUCUCGCUGAGUUCGUGCGCUUCUCCGGUGAUUCUGCGCCGGUGUGACGGUCAUGGGCUCCCGGGACCGGACUCUGUCUCUGCUGGCCGCUGCUCUCCUCGUGCACGUGUCUCUGCAGGGGGAGCAUCAGCGACGUCUGUACAAAGACUUAAUGAGGAACUACAAUCCUCUGGAACGACCCGUUUAUAACGACUCGCACUCGCUCACCGUUCACUUCAGCUUCAGUCUGAUGCAGAUCAUGGACGUGGAUGAGAAGAACCAGGUUCUGACAACCAACAUCUGGCUUCAGCUGUAUUGGAGCGACUACUAUCUGCAGUGGAAUACGAGAGAUUAUCCCGGAGGUGACACGGUUCGCUUCCCAGAUCCAUCAUCUGGAGGCCCGACACCUGCGGUAUACCAGCACCUGCCUACAUCGGAGGGGGCGCUGGCUUCCAGUUUGAUGCUUCAGCGCCUGCGAUCUGAAGUUCGUCUAAGUGGACGUUAUGGCGGAUGGUCUCUGGACCUGCAUGUUAUGAUGGAGGCCGAUUAUUACCGGGAUACAAUCGCUAACGGGUAUUUUGCCACCACUAUGGUGAUUGUGGGUCUGUCGGUCAUCGCUACAGUCCUGGUGCUGCAGUAUCACUAUCAUGAUCCAGACGGAGGAAAGAUGCCUCGAUGGACCCGUGUUCUCCUCCUGAACUGGUGCGCCUGGUUCCUGCGCAUGCGGCGGCCCGGCGAGGAGCGCAUCCGCCUGGCCUGCCACAACAAACCCCAUCGGCGCGGGAGCGUGUCCAGCGUGGAGCUCUCCGUCAGCCAGGGGGCGCUGCAGCCCAGCAACAUGCUGUACAUCGGCUUCAGAGGCAUGGAGGGAAUCCACUACGCAUCUUCCCAUGAUUCGCACAGUGUCCUCUGCGGACGAAUCAUGGCCUCCGCUGAGGAAGAUGUGCUCCUGCCGGGGGCGACCAUGCCCUCGCUCGGGGGCGGGACCGGAAUCGGGGGGCGGGUCAACGGUGGCAUUGUGGGUGGGGCUUUGGAACUGGAACUGGCUAAAAUUCUGGAGGAGGUGCGAUACAUCGCUAAAAGAUUUCGCAACCAGGACGAGGACAAGAACGUGUGUAACGAGUGGAAGUUUGCGGCGGCGGUGAUCGAUCGCUUGUGUUUAAUGGCGUUCUCCAUUUUCACCAUCCUCUGCACUAUCGGGAUCCUGAUGUCCGCACCAAAUUUCGUAGAAGCCAUUUCGAAAGAUUUCUUCACCUGAUGCUUGACAGACUUUGCUGUUUUGUUGUGGUUUUUUUUUUUUGUUUUUUUUUUUUUAUGUCGCUCAGCAGCGACUGAGAUUCUAGAGUGCGCCAAUAAAACAUGCUAACUAGAGCUGAGCGAUAUAUCGAAACAUCAUUUUAUGCACUUUUUAUUCAUCAUAAUUUUCCUCUUCUCGUUAUUUGCUAGAGCAUUU